AUGGUCAGAAGCGGAGAUGUCCCUGGAGCUCGUCUAGAGGCUGCCGCCGCUCCUCGAGUCAUCAAGGUGACCGUCAAGACCCCCGGGCAGAAGGAGGAGUUUGUGGUGCCCGAGGACAGGCUCAUCAAGGAGUUUAAGGCUGGCAUCUCCACCCGUUUCUCCUCUCCCACCGACCGGCUUGUGCUGAUAUUCGCUGGCAGGAUUUUAAAAGAUCAAAAGACCCUGAGCCAGCAUGGCAUCCAGGAUGAUGCCACCAUCUACCUUGUCAUCCAGUCACGAAGGAGACCUCAGGAGUGUCUGGGUCAGCACGCCGGCUCCCCAGAGGGUGCGGCCGCCACCCAGGCAGAGAACAGCAGCCUCUCCAGCACGGCCUUCGGCACGGAUGGCCUGCGGGAGCUUGCCAGCAACCUCGGCCUGAACACGGCCAACUUCUCCGAGUUCCAGAGCCAGCUCACGUCCAACCCCGAGAUGAUGUUCCAGCUCUUGGAGAACCCCUUCAUUCAGAGCCGGCUCUGCAACCCAGACCUGAUGACUGAGCUGAUCACGGACAAUCCUCUGAAGCAACAAGUGAUCCAGAAAACCCCAGAGAUCGGCCACUUCCUGAACACUCCCGACAUGCUGAAGCUCAUUCUGGAGCUCGCUCGGAGCCCGGCCACCGUGCGGGAAAUCAUGAAGGACCCCAGCCAGGCCUUGAGCUUUCUGGCCAGCCUCCUGGGCGGAGACAGCGCCUCGCAGCACGUGGGUAGGGAUCGCCCGGAUCUAACGCUGAAGGCGGUGCAGACGCAGGCUGCGGGGAACGCAUUUGCUUCUCCGAGGAGCAACUCAUCCCUCGCCAGCAGCCAAACCCCUUCGCCCCCGGCUUGUACUCCACCAUCCAGGUCCCCCGGUAACACCAUCAACAGCGGCCUCGGCUGCUGCUGUAGCAUUACUGACUGCACAGCACAGAGCUGCACCGGAGCCACUCCAGGCCCAGGAAGAGGAGCCGGUGCCACUGUCUCAACAACCAUCAAGAACUUGCUGCAGCAGGCUGUCAAACGGCUUGUGCAGAACAUCCUGGUCGGGCCCGCUGCGAGGAGCGUGCGGCAGUUGCUCGGCCAGAACCGCGACCUGGGGACACAGGCGCCGCUGCAGAACCCCCCGACAGCUGGGAAGCCUCCAAUGCAGCCCCUCCCAACCUUCCAUCAGCAAAUCUGGCACCCAGAGGUGGUGGCGGCCAUGCCGGGCCCUAGGGAAAUGCAAGUGCCGGCACUGAUUCAACAUAGGCUGCAGGCACUGGCAAUGGGAGAACCUGGCAUCCCACUGCAGUUCCUGUCUCCUUUAGCGGAGUCGGGGCACGCUGCAGGCUCAGCAGGGACAGCGCCCUCUAGCGCUGGGCUCGAGGAAGCUGCACACCCCGCCUCAGCGGCGCCAAGCCAGCAGUUCACUGCUCAGCAGAUGCUGCAGGCCCUAGCUGGAGCAAAUCCGCAGCAAGCUCAAAACCUCUGA